CCAGAAAAUGGCGUCGGCAUGUUUGACAAUGCAAAGGCAUUUAACCAGGCUUCUUAAAAGAUUGCCGGCCGGAUGCCAAGGACAGGUGUAUCAGGGUUUGCAUACAUCUUCGGUAUCGCUGGACAGAGAUAGGAGUAGUGAGGAUACAAAGGACUUUAUGGGCAAGAUGAAUGGCUUGGAUGAGUAUACAUACAAAGGGCAGAGCAGGUUUGUAGACUACAACCAGAUUGUGUACGAACCAAGAAAGGAGGGAGAAGAUCCAAGGCCUGCAGAAAUAUGCCACAAGAAAGUCAUGAUUGCUGUUACCCCCAAGAAGAUGUGGUAUCCAGCUUUCAUGGUGCGAGGGUUAUCCAUAGAUGAAGCAAUCACCCAAUGUGAAUUCAGCAAAAAAGCAGCACCAAAAAUUAUUAAAGAUGUUUUGAUAGAGGCCCAGGAAAGAGCUAUCAAAUUUUUCAAUGUAGAAUACAAGUCUAACCUCUGGAUUGCUGACUCAUUUGUAGAACGAUGCGAUUAUAUGGAAUCAUUGGUACGACGUUCCAGGGGAGGUAUUCGUAAAAUAAAGUAUGAAUACUCUAACUACUACGUGAGAUUAAGAGAGGGACAGCCGCCCAAACAUUACUAUGCCCCACGUUUGACGGGCAAUGAACAACUAGAGGAAUAUAUCAAAGAGCAAAGGAAUAGACGAAUAUAUAACGGGCUGUAGAAGAUUGAUACAUAUUUGUGUUUUCUUUAAAGACGUACCAGAAUAAAUAUAUAUAUGUUAUUUUUGAAUGCUUGGAUAGUUAUCAUAUUCUGAAAUAAAGGAAACUGAUAUGACAAGUCA